AUGGCAGCUGGUGUGAUACGACCUAUUUGUGACUUCCGACUGCCUUUGCCAUCCCAUCAGCCCCUCCUGCCCUCAGACCUGGAGCCUCCAGAAACUUCUGAGGAGGAGGAAGAAGAGGAAGAGGAGGAGGAAGAAGAGGAAGAGGAGGAAGAAGAGGAGGAAGACCAGGAGCUGCAGGGCGAGGGCCCAUGGGACUAUAGCCCAUCUCCCCAGAGCUCAGGAGCAGACCUCCAGGGUCCCAGCAGCCCCGAGACCCCACUACAGCUGCUGCGCUUCUCGGAGCUCAUCAGUGGUGACAUCCAGCGCUACUUUGGUCGCAAGGACAUGGGGCAGGACCCAGAUGCCUGUGAUGUCUAUGCUGAUAGCUGCUCAGCCAGCCGCUCUGCCCAAGAGCUUUAUUAUGCUGACCUGGUAUGCCUGGCCCAGGGCAGGCCUCCAGAAGAUGAGGAGGUCCACUCGCCUGGGUGGUCCAAGGGGCAAGCAUGCAGGCCAGGUCCCAGAGGAGACGGGAUGCCACCACUGGGCCCUCUGGCCGAGCUCUUUGAUUACGGGCUGCGGCAGUUCUCAGGGCCCAGUGCAUCAGCAGGCCACAGACUGAAGCUGGAGCAGAAGUACAGCCACAUCACUCCCAUGACACAGAGGAAGCUUCCAGCAUCCUUCUGGAAGGAGCCAGCGCCCAGCCCUCUAGGCCUGCUCCACCCUGGCAUGCCAGACUUCAGUGACCUGCUGGCCAGCUGGUCUGUGGAGGUUGGACCAGAACUGCAGGGAGGGGGUACCCAGGCCCUGGAGGAGACACAGCUGGCUGAGGCCUAG